ACAGGGCUGUCUGACGUACGAUUCAUUUCCUAGCCCCGCCCAAGCUCUAGCCUCCACCUCCAUCCACUCCGCACUUUGAAAUACUCUAUUACAUCGCUUACUUGCCUUUUCUCACUCACCGUUGUCACAUCUACGAAGCGUCCCACCAGCCUGCACCUACAAAUCUCGUUUAUUGGCUAUCAAAAGAGGUCACCCCAUGAAGACUCCUAGGUCAGGACGGGAAAUAAGCAAGAAAUGGUUGGAAUACAUACUGAGAGAACACAAGGCAGCCACAGAUUCAUCUACCCUCCUUCAGGUGGAUAACUUCACCGUCAGGAAAGAUCUAGGUGAUGGCUACAACUCCCAGGUGAUUUUCUUUAAUGUGGAAACGACGGAGAAGAAUGAGGCCAAUUCCCCUGAUGUAAAGAAGACUUACAGCCUGGUGGCAAAGCUUCUCAAUGAAGAAACCGGAAGCCGUGUUUUUGCUACAAAAUUCAAGAUCAACUUAAAGGAAUAUCUGGUAUACACAGAUCUCAUUAACACUUUCAACAAAAUACUCACUGAGAAAGCACCUGAAGAGUCUCUGAUCUCUCUUCCAAAGCUAAUCUAUGGAAAGUGCACAAAGAAUGACUUUGUUUUAGUCAUGGAAAAUGUAGAAAAUGCUGGGUAUGAAACAAAUGACAAGUGUAAAGGACUUGACAGUGAACAAUUGAUGGCUACUGUAGACAAAAUAGCGAGGAUUCAUGCCUUAUCUUAUGUUUUCUGUGAGACAUCAGACACCAGUAAAUAUUUGUCCUUGCCACGUAUUGAUGAGUACUUUGAUAUCAUUAUCAUAAUGAUAGAAGGAAUGCUUGAAAACACUAUAGAUUUCCUUAAAAGUUCUAAGGAAACAGAAGAAUUAGGCAAAAAGAUUAAGUUAAGUUUACCCUCUCUCAAGGAAAGAACUUUUAAUUUAAUGUCAAGCAACUCUUUAUUCAAAUGUAUAAUCCAUGGAGACUUCUGGAAUAAUAAUUUCAUGUUUAAGUAUGCUGACACACCAGAUGAGCAGAGAAUCAUUGAAGAUAUAAUGGUUAUUGACUGGGGAAACUCUUCCUUGGGUGUUCCAUUGUUUGAUCUACAGUACUUAAUUUACUCAUCCACCCAACGCUGCAUCAGAAAGGAACAUCUUGACAAAGCACUAAGCCAUUACCACUCUACCUUCACAACAAUCACCACCAAACUUGGGUGCCCUCUCUCCAACUGGGGCCUCACAGAGCUGAAGACAGAUUGGGAGAAGGGAUAUCCAGUAGGUUUUCUGCUUAGCUGUACACUUGUACUAGGCACUCUGAGCACCACGAACCCUUUUAGUAAAAGGCAAAUUUCUGAACCUUCUAUUCUCGACAAGCCAUUCCUCCUUCCAGUCACGGUUUUAUUGGAUGCCAUGAAACUGGGAAUGGCCAAGGUAUUCAUGGCUUUGACAUUCUCCUUGCGUGAAAAGCAGCUUUUUAAAAAGGUCAUGAAAAUGGCAAUGAAAAAGCUAAUGACACCAAUCUUAGAGGAACUUAAGUCAGGCAAAAAUGAAGCAAUGAAUACAAGAAUUCUCGACUUAAUUUAUGAAGCUGAUGAAAAUGGACUGUUCUCAACAUAAUACCCUUUUUGCAUUUCAAGCAAAAACCAUAUUUUACAACAAAACAUGUGACUGAAACAUUCACACUUAUUAGACCAUACCUCAUCAAAGAGUGACACCAAAUUAGUGAUGGUUCAUGGUUUCACUCCAGUGCUACUCUCCAAACUUUUGUCUUUUUUCAGUCUAAAGUCUAAAGUCACCUCAUGAACCUUUAGCAUCCAUUAUACCAAAUGGAUUAGGAAUGAUCAGUGAUUUUGCAAACCUAGUAUUAUUUUGCUUUUACGAAUAGCAAACAUACCUGUACAUACACGUCUUUUCUAUUACACAAUAGGAACAGCAUCAGAAAUACUGGAUAUGAAAAAGUAUUCAUUUUCUGAACUCUAUCUUUCCAUGAGAGAACACUGAAAUAUCAGGUAUAAUAUGAUGAUACUGUAGUUAGUAAAUAAAUAAAAAAACAAGUGGAGUAGCAGCUUAUUGCAUCAUCUAGAGGCAAAGACCUGCUGUGGUCAUCUAGCACAUAUGUAACUGCUGAAAAUAUACAGCACUGCUUGAUGUCUAGUACACAUGCAUAUGAAAUGCAGCAUUAGUCUUUAGUAUUUAAAAACUUUAUGUAUUUCUUAUAAAUUUCAAUUCAGGUACAUACUUCUAAAAUGCAUUAUAGAAUGUCAUAUUGUUACUUCAAUGUAUCAAAGCCUCUACAUCUAUGGUCUAUGAACCUUACCUGAUUCUAACCUGCAUUGUCAAUAUUGUCAAUACAAUGAGAUAUUAAUGUGCUAAGGAUCCUAUCACAAAAGAAAGUGAGCACCACUACAACAAAUGGACAAUUAGUAAGCAAAUAUUUGAACAGAUGAGAGUCAUUUCAGUUACUAAAUCUACACAAAACUUGAUGAAUAAACAAUAAUAAUAAAAAAAAAAUAGAUAAUAUAAGGGAAGCACUGAGGUGCUGAGACCUAAGCAUCUGAGAGCAUGAAAGAGUCCUAUAAUUAUAUGAGCAGUGUUAAUUUAUUUUUUGGGGGAGACAGGUUGCAGCCUAGUUGUGGAAGAAUCUAUAUCAAAUGCUGAAUUACAUAAACAAAAAUUAAAUACAUUCGAGCAUGGCUGUAUUGGUAUAUAUAGACAUCUAGUGUUUUCUUUAUGCUAAGCUGCCAAUGCCUCUAGGUGAAAAUUAAAUUACUACUGGUAAUAUUACACACACACACACACA